AUGCUACCCUUAUUAUUCGGAGUAGGAGUUGGAGCAUUGGCCGUACGACAAGGUAUACGAUUCGCCAGUGCAGCUGGUAUGAGCAUACCGAGGAUGUCGAGGUUGUUUCAAUUAUCUAACAUGAGGGGGCUUGAAGGUUUCGAACAAACUAUGUCACGAUCGGAAGCCCGCAAGAUUCUCAAUUUGGGGCAGACUCAGCUCAGCAGAGAUAAUAUUCAAAAGCAUCACCGACAACUAUUGCUUUCCAACCAUCCCGAUCGAGGUGGAAGUACUUACAUAGCUUCCAAGAUUAAUGAAGCAAAGGAUUUUACGGCUAAGUCGUCUACUGCAUUACAUUCGUUGGGGCCUCCUUUCAAUUGUGCUGAGUAA